AUGUAUUUACGAGUCAAUAACAACUAUAUUGAAACACUUGAGCCUGAACAGAAAAGUUUGAUACUAAACAACAAAGGCGGUGAACAUCCUCUGUAUUUAUCUUAUCUAUGUGAAAAUCUUCGUCAAUUCGGUGAUUAUUCGCUCGUAACGAAACGUCUGAAAGCAUAUCCACAAACUACUGAUGAACUACUUGAUGUUUUACUCAAUGAAAUCAGUGCAACGAUUGAUAAUCAAACGCUUGUUGAUGCGUUUUUCAAGUUAUUAAUUAUUUCAAAUGUUGGAAUACUGGAAUCCGAUGUUGUGACAAUGUUGGAUAAAUUCUUAAAUAAAAACACGGAUGAAAACAACGGAAUUAAUGUCGAUCGAAUGACAUGGUCGACGAUACGUAGAUAUUUGAAAAUCUUUCUGGAUACAACAUGGAUCGAUGGACAUCAUUUGAUUACCUUUCGACAUUCGUCACUUCUUCAAAAAUUACAUAAACGAUACUUCAAUGAAAAUGAUUCUGAAUUGCGGUCUAUUCAUGGUUUCUUCGCACAAUUUUACUUAUCGUUUACAACUAUCAAAGAAUAUUCUCGUCGUCGUGUGCCGUAUCAUUAUGAACAAGCACAUAUGAUUAAAGAAUUAAUCGCAUUUCUCCGCUCAUUAGAAUCACGAGCAGUUAGUCAAAUAGAUCGACAAGCAUACCUUCGAAAUCAUCGCUGUAAAAGACAACUUCCACCUCAAGACGGCGUUUCGAAUCAACGUGCCUAUGUGUGCAAUGUAUGUGCAACACUAUUCAAACUCGGUCCGUUCACAAUGACGAAGAAUUCAUGCGUUCUCUGUACUACACCAAUCUUGAGUUCCUCUCUGGCACAAAAUGACCACCAGAAACGUGAAGCGCGGAUUUGUAUGAGUCAUGGUACUCCAGGAUAUCCACGUACAAUUAAAUGUGUUACCUGUAAGGGUCUUCGAUCGAGAAAUGUAGGAACGCCGACACCACAAAUAGAACCUGUAGCAAUGAAUUUAUCAGUAAGUAAAAGACAAAGAGAUACGAUGAGUGAUACAAAAGUUGAAAGGCGACAGUUGCCAUCCAUUAUCGGACUACCAGCAAAUGGACAAACGAGCACAUUUCUGGGUCGUAUAACUCGUGCUCAUUUGAUUAUCGGCGGAUUGAUACUUCUUGGAAUACUUUCAUUGUCACUUCUCAUUACCGUUAUUGUUCAAGCAGCAACACAUCGCAAAGAGACGACGGAUACCACGUCAAAUAGUGAAUUUUGUUUAACUCGAGGAUGCUUAGCGGCUGCAAGUCAUCAGAUGCGUUCAAUGGAUAAAACAGCAUGGAAUGAUCGGUGUACGAAUUUUUAUCAGUAUGCCUGUGGUACUUGGGAACAAACUCACCCUAUACAAUCAUUUGAAGUGGAACGGACAAUCCUUGGUGAUCUUAUCGAACGACGAGAUGAAGAUAUUGAACGUCUUCUCGAUGCACCAGUUUCUCGUUCGACUAAACGAAGUUGGGAAUGGAAAGUUAAAACCUAUUAUACGGAAUGUUUGGAUGAUUAUGCACGUGUACCUGCAAGUGGAAAAGCAAUGAUCGAUCUAAUACAAGAUAAUGAUACAAUUCAAGGUUGGUUUUUAAUUGAUAAUGGUGCUGAAGGUGCUAGUCAAGAAUAUCUUCUGAAAAAUCAAACCGUUUUGAAGCAAAUGUCACACAUUCAUGGCGAUCUUGGUGCAACUGUUGUAUUUGAUCUACGUGCUGGAUUCGAUGAUUCGAAUUCGAAAACUAAACGUCUAGAAUUUUCUCCUGCUGGCCUAUCGAUGGACGUGAACGAUUACUUGAACAGUGACACAGUAUCAGAAGGACAUCGUUCAGCAUAUCGACUAUACAUAUUGGAAAUUUUAACUUUGCUUAGUCAAGAUGCGGUUAUAAGUGACGGAAAUUUAGGUGAUCGAAUGUUCACUAUUGCAGAAGAUAUCAUAUUUAUAGAGACAGACAUAGCACAGGCCAUGAAAUUCAGUAAAGAUAAUGGUGACAAAGGAAAAACAAUAACAUUAGGAGAGAUGUUUAAUAUGUAUUCAUUCGAUUUUCUUGAAUAUCUAUCACAUGUGUUAGAAGAUGCAAGUAUUGUGUCAUCUACAACACCAGUUUAUGUCACAAGUCCAUUAUAUUUUGAAAAAGUUUUUUCAAUCCUAUCGAUGAAUAACAAUCAAACGUACGCUCGACGUAUUCAUAACUACAUGCGCUGGAGAUUGGUUCGAACAUAUAUUGAAGAUUUAUCCUAUAAUUAUCUUCAUGCACAUCGAAUCUUUCUCGAUAAUUAUUAUGGAGUAAAACUUCACUCGACGAAUGAAGCAUAUUGUACACGAGAAGUUAUACGACGAUUUCCGCUUGCUAUUCAACGUUUGUAUACGAUGAAUUCUACGACGCACUCAAGUGCAGUUGCAACUGUAACAAAGGUGUUCGAUGCAUUAAAAGACGGAUUUCGACAAUAUAUCGAUGAACAAGCAACAUGGAUGGAUGAAUCAACCAAAGCAGUAGCUAGAGAGAAAAUAGCCGCAAUGACAUCAGCGAUUGGUUAUGCUUCUAUCGCAUCCGACGAUGGUCGUCUUGAUGAUUAUUACGAGAGAUUUGCAGUCGUCGAUCGAUCUCAUUUUGAAAAUGCAUAUGGUUAUCAUCGAUUUCAUUCGUGGACAAUCUCGAAUUCACUGACAAAUCCUGAUCUACUUGAACAUUGGGAUACUUUCGAGAGACGAACCAGUCAAUUCUAUGAUUAUAUUGCUAUGUUCAAUCGACUUUUCGUUAUUGCUAGUGCUAUGCAUGUUCCACUUGUUGAUAGUGAUUGGCCAUGGCCCGUGAACAUGGGUUCAGUUGGUGUUUUACUUGCUCAGAAACUCUUUUCCAGUAUUGACAGUCAAGAAGGUCGUAUACAUGCUGCUGAUGGAACUCUCAUUCCCGAUUGGUGGUCAUCACAAACAGCGAAUGCGUAUAAUACCAGUCGUCAAUGUAUAACAAAUUAUUAUGUGAAUGAAGUCAAGUCGCUUUCCUACAAUGUUAAUGGUGCUCAAAUAGUCGUUCGACUCGCUGGUGAACCAUUUUCUCCCACGACUCUACGACAGAUUGGUGCUUUGCGUUUUGCUUAUGCAGCAAUGAAGAAAACUGAUCAAUUGAAAUCAUUAGCUAUGCCCGGCACAAAUUUAACCAGUGAUCAAAGUUUCUUUCUUGCUUACGCUCAAACGCAAUGUUACAAACGGCAAGAAUUACUUCAAUUAGUUCGAACACAAAUCGGUAUUUACGAUGAAGGAACAGCAUUAAAUGCUGCACUUAUCCAUAUGCCGGAAUUUUCUAAAGCAUUCCAAUGUCCAUCAAAAGAUGCAACAUGCUUUUAG